AUGCACUUGCAAACAAGCUCUUUGUUUGACCUAUUCGAUCAGCUUCUCGAAAUUCUGUUCAAAGCAAUUACACUAUUCUGGGACCUACAGCAAAAGAAGGACAUUGGCGACAUGAAUUGGGAAUCAGCUGAUGAGACAUUAAAAACGUCAGUGGAUAUUGAGAGGGACCUUCUGAGCUGGUAUCAUCAGCUAGAAUUGGAGAAUAAUCUCCCACUUUUCAUGACCCAAGCCGGCCCAGCCUCGUCCAUGCCAAUCGAUGCACACGACCAGAUGCAAACAAUAACCUUCUCCAAUAUUUCCAGCAUACAUAUUCUACUGUUCUACUGGCUAGGGCUGGUUGUUGUAUAUGAGUCUAUGUUCGAGGCGCUAGAGACUCUCGCACAGUCAAGCCGAUCCCAAACUCCCAGCGACCUCUACAAGAAAAUGGGAGCGACCGAUUCACUCUGCCGUCACUUUUUUACUCGCAUUUCCCAAUGCCAAGCAGACGCGACUACUGGAAAGGGACUAGGAACUUCCAUAUUUGCAAAGGCGACGUUUUUGGCUGCACAGAAAAUCAGGCGAGAGUGGAAAAGAAAUGAUUAUACUACGAUUGCAUGA